AUUCAACAGACACAUACAACUCUCCAUUUAACAAAUUACAAAUUUUGACUCAGUUUAAUUUUAGUUUUCCAUGCAACGUUCAAUUUCCUCAUCAAAGAAUGUUUACCGCAAUAUCAUCCACUACCAAAAACCACCGACUGCCGCUGUAGUUACCCCGAAGCAACAACCCUGUGAAGUUUUCAUUAACCACCGUGGGAUCGACACCAAGAAGUGCGUUGCAGGACUUUUGUAUAAUCAUCUCAGGAGUUUAAGAUUGCAACCGUUCUUGGACAGCAAGAAUAUGAAACCAGGUGAUAAAUUAUUCGAUAAAAUCAACAAUGCCAUCAGCGAAUGUAAAGUUGGUGUUGCAGUUUUUUCUCCUCGGUAUUGUCAAUCGUAUUUUUGCUUGCAUGAACUGACACGUAUUGUGGAGGCUAAGAAGAAGGUUAUUCCGGUUUUUUGUGAUGUUAAACCAUCGGAGCUUACUAUUAAAGACAACUGGAGGCGCCCUAAGCACGAGAUAGAUAGUUUCCAAUCCGCUCUCGAGGAGGCUAAGUACACCGUUGGCCUAACUUUCGAUUCUUCAAAUGGGGAUUGGCAAGGAUUUUUGAUGAGUGCGACUGAAGCGAUCAUCGAGAACUUAAUAGAGGUGGAAGAGGAAGAGCAGCAAAAAAUAAUUCGGGAAAUUUGAUUGGUGAAUGCAAAUAUUGACAAAAAUCAAUUAACCAUACAAUUAAUUUAAUCAUUCAUUAAUUUAAUUAAUUUGGAUAUAAAAUUUUCUUCAUUUGGAACUUCUCAGUAUAAAUAUUGAAUUGUUUUUCAUCUUCUUUGUUCAGAAUUAUGAUAUCUUCAAUAAUCAAUAAAAUUUUAAA